GAAGCAGCUGGGAGCCGCUGCAGUUGGAUCCUCCGGCCGGUAGAGGGCGCCCCCCGCGGCCGUCCUUCCUGUGGCUGGCCCCGCCCCUUCCGCCCUCCGCGCCCCCUUCCGGCCUGGCUGCCGGGGCCAGGGGCCAAGGGCGCGGGAUGGGGCGGCGGGCGGCGGCGGCGGUGCUGCCGGUGGCCUGGGCGGCGCUGCUCUCGGUGGCGGCGCUGGCGCUCUUCGCGGGCGGCUUCCUGCUGAUGCGGCUGGAGCUGGGCCAGCGCAGCGCCUGCGCGCUUCCCCCGGGCCGCCCGCGCCCUUCCCCGGGCGGCUCCCGGUCCUGCUGGCUGCCGGCGCGGUUCCCGCGGGCGGCGCUGGUGCUGAUCGACGCGCUGCGCUUCGACUUCGCCGCGCCGGCCCGGCCCGACCCGCGCCUGCCCUUCGAGGGGCGUCUGCUGACCCUGCAGCGCCUGGCCCUCCGGCAGCCCCGCCACGGCCGCCUCUACCGCUUCCGCGCGGACCCGCCCAGCACCACCAUGCAGCGGCUGAAGGCGCUGACCACGGGCUCCCUGCCCACCUUCGUGGACGCCGGCAGCAACUUCGCCUCCUACGCCGUCCGGGAGGACAACCUGCUCUGGCAGCUGGCCAGCAACGGGAAAAAAGUGGUCUUCAUGGGAGACGACACCUGGGAGGGCCUCUUCCCCCAGGCCUUCCACCGGGCCCACUUCUUCCCUUCCUUCAACGUCAAAGACCUGCACACGGUGGACGAUGGGAUCUUGCAGCAUUUGUACCAGACAGUGGACAGUGGCGAAUGGGAUCUACUUAUUGCCCAUUUCUUGGGUGUGGAUCACUGUGGUCACAAACACGGACCAGAUCACCCUGAAAUGGCCAAGAAGCUCUCCCAGAUGGAUGCGAUGCUCAGUUCGCUGGUUGAUCACCUGGGAAAUGACACGCUCCUCCUGGUGGCAGGGGACCACGGCAUGACUGCGACCGGGGACCACGGGGGAGACAGCGAUGAGGAGCUUGAUGCGGCUCUCUUUGUGUACAGCAAGGCUCCGCUCUUCCAGGACCCUCCCCCUGAGGUGAGCCAGAAGGGUACCUGGCCGGCACUAGCGGCCCUGCCAAAACGUGGCUGCCACUGCCAGGAGUCCCAGACGGUCCCACAGGUGAACCUGGUGCCCACCCUGGCUCUCUUGUUGGGGGUGCCGGUCCCGUAUAGCAACAUUGGGGAAGUGAUGGCUGACCUCUUUGCAACUGAGGGAGACACGGCCUCCUCGCUCCGUGCCCAGCUGGCAGCCUACGACAUCAAUGCCAGGCAGGUGGAUCGCUUCCUGCACUCCUACGCAGAGGCUGCUCAGGACCUCCCAGCAGAGAAGCUGCAGCACCUUCAGCAUCUCUUCCGCUCUGCCGUAGAGGAGCACGAGCGCCUCUCAGCCCAGGAGGCCUCUCUGGCGCUGCUCCCGCAGAUGGAGGGGGUCCGGACGCGUUUCCAACAGUACCUGCGAGAGGCCCGGGCCGUGUGUGCCGAGUCCUGGGCCCGCUUCCAUCCUGGCUGCAUGGUGGCCGGCUGCGCCCUCUUGACCUCCUCCUGCCUGCUGUGCUACGUGGCUUCCCGACUGGCCACCCGCCUGGACUUCUCCUACCGCCACUUCUUCCUCUACCCCUUGCUCUGGGGGGUGGCUGGAGUGGCCCUGCUGGGGCUGGCUCACCUCCUCAGGGGGGCCAGAGCUGACCUCCUCCUGCUGUCCGCUUGGGGGGCAGCGGCUUCCCAGCUGGGCUUCUUCUGGCACUGCUGGACCAGGCGCCCCCCAGCCCUACAGGCGGCUGGCCUUUGCCCCCCUUUCAACGGGUUCAGCCUGAAGCCCAGGCUCUGGGCGGGGCCAGGGCUGUCCCUGGGCAUCCUGUUCCUGCGUUGUGCUGCCAUGCUUUCAGACAGCUUUGUCGUGGCAGAGGGCCAGGUAGUGCCCUUUCUGCUCACCUCCCUGGUGCUGCUGGAGGCGCUGAAGCUGCAGUGGAAGGGCAGGCUGGAUGGCUCCCUGCUCUGUUGGCAGCUGCUGGCCACCCUGGGCACCGUGGUAGUGUGCGCACGGCUGUCGGGGCUUUUCCGGAAGUGCCGUGAGGAGACCCCUGCUUGUCAGACCGCCCCCAUCUUGGGCGCCCUCUCCAGCGUACAGGAACCGAGGACCAAGAACCUCUAUUACGGCCUGUGUUUGGGAGCGCUGGCCAGUCUGGUGUGGGGCACCCGCUGCUGGCUGCGCCAUUACGGCAACCUGAACAGCCCCUGCGCCCUGGUGCUUUUUGUGCGAUGGGGGUUCCCGCUUCUGCCCCUGGCCCUGGCCGGUUACUGGGCCAUCACCUCUGGCGCCGAGGAGACACUGAUCAAGCGCCACGCCUGGGCUCGGCUGGCUCUAGAGGCCUUCCCCCGCGGGAUCUACCUCUUGGUGAUAGUCGGCCUCCUCCUGGUUUUGUGGAAACCCGUGACCGUCUUUCUGGAGGGCAGCCAAGAGCCCCCCCUUGUGUCCUCCAGCUCCGAGGCCUUGAUCCCCCAGCUGUACCGCCGGAUGCAGGAGUCCCUGAAGAGCCGGCUGGAGGAAGAGCCGGGCAGCUGCAGGGCCACGGUGGCAGCCUAUGGGCUGGGCAGUGUCUAUUCGGCUGCCUUGCUCAUCUCCCUGGCCCUGCUGGCCUUCCUGCUGAUGACUCUGCAUACGGAGCGGCUCAGCCUGGCCUUCCUCCUGCUGUUUGUGGAGGUCUUCGCCCUGCUGUGGAUGCACGCCUGCACCAGGGCCCUCUCCUCCUCUGCGCACUCGGAUCCUUUCGAGGUGCCGUGGGAAGCCCUGGUUGCUUGGGCUCUUGCCACCGCCCAGUUUUUCUACGCCACCGGCCAUCAGCCCGUCUUCCCAGCCAUCCACUGGAAUGCAGCCUUCGUGGGCUUUCAGCAGGGGCACACCAGCAACCUGCUGCCUGCGCUCCUCGUUGGUGCCAACACCUUCGCCUCUCAGAUACUCCUGGCAGCUGGCUGCCCGUUGCUUCUGCUGUGGCCCUUUGUCUGUGAGGCCACCACCUCCGCAGCCAGGAGGCCCAAGACGCAGCUCCAGGACAUGGUGGAGGAGCAGAUGAUGGAGAUGAGGCUCCGGGAGGCACCAGAGCGGUUUUCAGCAGCGCUGCUGCAGCUGGGCCUCCGCUACCUGCUUAUUUUGGGGCUUCAGCUUCUGGCUUCUGUUCUGGCAGCCAUGAUUCUCAGGAGACAUCUGAUGGUGUGGAAGGUCUUUGCCCCAAAGUUCCUCUUUGAAGCGGUGGGCUUUGUGGUGAGCUGCGUCUUCCUCCUCCUGGGCCUGGGCCUGGUGAUGCGGGUGGAUUGUGCCGUCAGCAAGUGGUUCAAGCAGGUCAUCCUUGCACAGCCCAGGUAGCGCAUCAGCGCAAAGGAGCCCGUCGAGGUUCCUCCUUGUGAUGAGGAGGGGUCCCGGUCUGCCCUCCGGAGAAGCCCUCCGCUUCCUCCCCCUGCCAAGGGCAGAAAGGGGCAGCCUCGGUUGCAGCACAUGGAUGGCGGGGAGCUGCAACGGAACAGCCCAGGCUUGCCAAGGAGUGGGAAGGAGUUCCGGAUGAAACCAAAGAGAACUUCAGGCCCCUGCCUGCUCGUUUGCUGGCUGCCUGGGAUACACGGACAUCUUGUGGGGAACGACCAGGCGGCUGUUCUUUCUCUCCUUGCAAUUCCGGAGGAUCUAGCAGCUACCUCUGGAGGAGACACUGCAGCAGAGCGGCUUGGCGGCCCUGGGAGGAAUUGCCCAGAUGGUACAGAACAGUGUUCUGGGGAGGGAAGCUUCAGCCCGGCCAAGCGGUGGGCAAGGCGCCUGGCUGCUGCUCUGCCUGGCUCAGAAGGCUGAAUGGCCAGAUAUCUGAAGAUCAUUGCUGUCGUCACGUUGGGGUGCUAGAUUCUGGGUUCCAGGUUCUGAGUUUGGCUUUUUGAAAUAAAAAUAAGGAUUUUCUGA